CUAAGUCGUGCUUUAGAUUUAGAAGAAAUCAUAACGCGGGUGCAAUAAUAUAAACGAAUUUAAAAAAAAGUGAAUAAAAUUAUAAGAAAAGUUUUGGAGUUCCGCAAAUUAAAAAAUAAAUUAUUUAAAUCAUGCGCUUUAUACUUAAUUGCCAAUUGAUGCUUGUGGUUUUGUUUCUACUCAACCAAAAUGCUAAGGGUCAACGCACCUCUUUGGAUACAGUAUUGCGCUCGAACUUAAGGAAUUUUCGUGCAAUAUUUCUCAAUGUUAUGGGCAGAUCGGGCGAUGAUCCCUAUAACCUAGAAAUGUCUCAUAGAAGAGGGAAAACUCAAAAAAUGGAUAGAGUUGCCCGCUCACUAAUGAAGUUUUGUGAUGCCAAAAAUGGUCCGGGCAAACGUAGCGCGGAACCGCCCACUUCGGUUCAUCGUUUGCGUCCUGGCGAUAUAGAUAUUAUCGGAGCCAUGGGUGAUUCUUUGACGGCCGGUAAUGGCAUUUUUGCCAAUAAUAUUUUGCAUGCUAUACAAGAGAAUCGUGGUGCUAGCUGGUCUAUAGGGGGUCAAGGUACGUGGCAGCAGUAUUUGACCUUGCCCAAUAUUUUAAAGGAAUUUAAUCCGGAUUUGUAUGGUUAUGCCUUGAGGGAUGGCUUAAGUACGGAGAGAUCAUCAAGAUUCAAUGUCGCCGAACUGGGCGCCAUGUCACGCGACAUGCCCUACAUGGCCAAAAUAUUGGUGAAACGUAUGAAACAUGAUUCCCAUGUCAAUAUGACUCAUCAUUGGAAACUCGUCACCCUGCUAAUAGGCAAUAACGAUUUUUGCUCUGAUGCCUGUUUUCAUCCCAAUCCCAUGAAAGUUAUCGAAUUGCACGAACAGAAUAUGUUGAAAACCUAUCGCUACUUAAGAGAUAAUGUGCCCCGCUUAAUGUUGAAUGUAGUGCCAGCUCCAAAUUUGUUGUUGUUGACACGCCUGAAAGGUUUGCCGCCACAAUGUUAUACAACAUUGAGAUUUGAGUGUCCCUGCAUAAUUGGUAAAUCGAAACAACAAAUGGAAUUUAUGGGUAAAUUAAUGGAUAAAUGGGUGCAAAAGGAUAUGGAGAUUGUUAAUCGGGAAGAGUUUAAUACGGAGACAUUUACCAUAAAUAUAGAGCAUUUUACCAAGAAUUUCAUAUUUCCCACCUUGCCUAAUGGUAAUACAGAUGUUUCGUAUACUUCGGAAGAUUGUUUUCACAUUAGUCAAAGAGGUCAUGCAGCAAGCACAAAUUCUUAUUGGAAUAAUCUUUUUGAAAAACACAACGAAAAAUCCCCCUUCUCACCCAAACUAUACUCAAAAUUUUUGUGUCCCACCGAGCAACGUCCCUUUAUUAUGACACGUGUCAAUAGUCGUGAUGAUUUUCAAAUUUAAUUAUUAAUUUAAAGUUAAUUUCUUAGAUUUUCUAUAACUGUGAUAAAAAUUUAGUCUAAUAUUUAUAUGUGUAAUAUUUUGUAUUUAAAAUAAAUUAUUUAAUUUAAGGGUCGAAUAAAUAAUUGGAAUAUAAAGGAAACAAACAAAAAUUGGAAAAGAAUAUAAAUUAAAAA